GCUGCCCCCCAUCUUAUGUCUAGUCUAGGUUUUGCCCUAAUAAGGCUGGUCUCUGCCUGGGUGUGGAGGGGGCGGGAAGGAGCUGUGACUCAUCCCGGGACAGCAACAAGGGCGGUUGACAGGACUGAGAGGGGAAACCGAGGCAGAGAGGAGGACAGUGAGGGCCACAAUGAAGCUGCCAUCACCCCCACCCUUGUCCUCUCUGUCUUUGCCGCCGUCCUGGGCUCCCUGCAGUUCGGGUUCAACAUUGGGGUCAUCAAUGCUCCCCAGAAGAUCAUUGAGCAGCACUACAAUGCCACAUGGAUGGAGCGCCAGGUGACCGACCAGCCGGUGCCCAUUGACCCUGUGACCCUCACGACCUUGUGGUCCCUUUCAGUCGCCAUCUUCUCCAUCGGGGGGAUGAUCUCCUCCUUCUGCAUCAGCUUCGUCUCUGAGUGGCUGGGAAGGAAACGGGCCAUGAUCGCCAACAACGUCCUGGCAUUCGUGGGCGGCGCCUGCCUGGGUCUGGCGAAGCUUGGCCGCUCCUAUGAGCUCGUCAUCAUUGGCCGCUUCGUUAUCGGCGCCUACUCAGGCCUGUCGUCAGGGCUGGUGCCCAUGUACGUGAGCGAGAUCGCACCAACGCGGCUGCGGGGGGCGCUGGGCACACUGCACCAGCUGGCCGUGGUGCUGGGCAUCCUGGCAGCCCAGGUGCUGGGCCUGGAUACAUUGCUGGGCACGGCCGAGCUGUGGCCACUGCUGCUGGCGCUGACGCUGGUGCCCGCCGCUGCCCAAGUGCUGCUGCUGCCCUUCUGCCCCGAGAGCCCCCGCUUCCUCUUCCUGGCACGUGGCAAGGAGGCCAAGGCCAAGGAGAGUGAGUGCCCUCAGGGGCGGGGCCUGCAGGGGAAGGGGGAGAGGCCUGGAAGCAAGUGGAGGGACUUGGGGUGGAAGGAGAAGGGGUUCAGGAGCAGAGGGAAGGGACUGGAGGGGGGGGGGAGGGACAGGGAGCAGCCCCUGCUUGUGGCCAUCAUGCUCCAGCUCUCCCAGCAGCUCUCAGGCAUUAAUGCUAUCUUCUACUACUCCACCAGCAUCUUUGAGGCAGCGGGCGUGGGGCGCCCAGCCAUGGCCACCAUUGGGGCUGGUGUAGUCAACACUGCCUUCACUGUGCUCUCGGUGAGCCUUGCCCCCUCCCCUGGAACCCUGCCCCCUCCCCCUGGGGAACGUAUGGGGCGCCGCACACUGCACCUGCUGGGCCUGGGUGGGAUGCUGGGCUGCGCCGUGACCAUGACCAUGGCCUUGGGCUUGCUGGACCGUGUGCCAGCCAUGAGCUACGUGAGCCUAGUGGCCACGCUGGGCUUCGUGGCCUUCUUCGAGGUCGGGCCAGGCCCCAUCCCCUGGUUCAUUGUGGCCGAGCUGUUCGGGCAGGGCCCGCGCCCAGCUGCCAUGGCCCUGGCCGGCUGCGCUAACUGGACCUGCAACUUCCUCGUGGGCAUGACCUUCCCUGCCCUGGCCGAUGCCUGCGGCCCUUAUGUGUUCCUGCUCUUUGCGGGGCUGCUCUUGGCCUUCUUCCUCUUCACCUACUUCAAGGUGCCUGAGACACGGGGCCGGACCUUUGAGGAGAUCACGGCCACAUUCCGACGCACCCCGUCGUUGCUGGACCACGAGGUCAAGCCCGGCACCGAGCUAGACUGCCUUGGCCCCAACGACUGUGCUUGAUUGGGCAGUGAUGCGGGGCGUGGUGCCAGGGACCUGCAGCCAGAGGGGGUGCAGGGAAGCCAGACUCAAACCCGCACCUGGACACGGGCUAGAAUCAAAUCCACGUCCAGCCAGGAAAGAUGGGCAGAAACAAAAUGGCGACCCUGGGAGUUGAACCCAGGGUCAGCUGGAAUGGGAGUGGGACAGGGGUCCAGUCCCUGGGAGUUCAAUGCUGUGCACAUAUAUGUAUUGC